AUGGGUGGUGUGGCCAAUGUAGCUAUGGCAACAGUGAUGCUAUCCGGCCCUGGUGUGGGCCAGAGGUGGCUGCUGCUGGGCGGGGGGGUGCAGGACACUCUAACGGCUGAUUGCAGGUGCUGCCUCUUUCUCAGGUCUCCGUUUGCAGCAGUGGCCGACUACUCCAUGACCAGGAACACUGUCAUCCAGCUCUGCCUGGAGUUAACCACUAUAGUGCAGCAGGACUGCACCGUGUACGAGACGGAGAACAAGAUCCUGCACGUGUGUAAGACUCUGUCGGCGACGUGUGAGCACAUCAUCUCGCUGUCGUCGGACCCCAUGGUGUCGCAGUCGGCACAUCUGGAGGUGGUGCAGCUGGACAACAUCAAGUCCACUGAGGGACUGGGCAUGUACAUCAAAUCCACGUACGACGGUCUACACGUCAUCACCGGCACCACAGAGGGGUCCCUGGCGGACCGUUGUAAAAAGAUCCACGCUGGAGAUGAAGUUAUCCAGGUCAACCACCAAACAGUGGUGGGCUGGCAGCUGAAGAACCUGGUGAGUAUGCUGCGUGGGGACUCUGGGGGCGUGUCACUCACGCUGAAGAAGAGACCCCAGAGCACGCUCACCUCGGCACCCGCUCUACUCAAGAACAUGAGGUGGAAACCCCUCGCCCUGCAGCCCAUCAUCCCGCCCAGUCCCAGCAGCAGUGUGGCCACGCCCUCUAGUACUCUGAGCACGCCGUCCAGACGCAACAGCUGCGCCCUGCAGGACCUGUUUAUCCCCCCGCCACCAGAGGAGCCGUACAAGCCCAGAGAAUAUGAUAACAUCCUCCCUCUCCUGGAUCAGCAGUACACACCCAGAGAGGAGGUGGCGACCAUCCCGGGCAUUGAGCAGCAUGGCAACCCGGUUGCUAAGGGCUCGGACUCGCCCAACUCGUUCCUGGACCAGGAGUGCCGUCGCCGGUUCCCGCUGCUGGAGGAGGACGCGGUUCUGUACUGCUACGAGUACGACCAGAACCAGGCGCCGCCGCACGCACGCAGGGACAGCACGCCCACCUAUGGCCGGCUCCGGCCCAUCUCCAUGCCAGUGGAGUGUAACUGGGGGGGAGAUUAUGAAGACCCCGCGCUGCUGAAGAGAGAGUUUAGACGAGAGAACUCCCUGCUGCGUUACGUCAGCGAGGACAAGCCUACACCUGAGGAGUAUCUGAUUGGCCGCAGCAGCAGUAGGCGGAGCCGCAAGAAGAAUGAGAAGGGUGGAAGCCCCUCCCACUAUGCGUUAGUUCCCGCCCUCCAGAUGGACAUGAUGCGACAGGACACUUUGGCCACGCCCACAUCUGAGUCUGCAUCCCUUCACCACAUGUUUGAUCAGGCAUCGUUGCUGUCAAGGUCAAAGAAGAAACUCAGAGUGGGCUCUCUGUCGUCCAUCAGUAAGCGGCGUAUCUCCUGUAAGGACCUUGGCCAGGCCGACUGCGAGGGCUGGCUGUGGAAGAAGAAGGACGCUAAGAGCUACUUCUCUCAGAAGUGGAAGAAGUACUGGUUCAUCCUCAAGGACUCCUGCCUCUACUGGUACAUGAACGAGGAGGAUGAGAAGGCCGAAGGCUUCGUCAGCCUCUCCGAGUUUAAGAUCGACCGCGCCAAUGAGUGCCGCAAGAAGUAUGCAUUCAAGGCCUGCCAUCCAAAGAUUAAAAGUUUCUACUUUGCCGCAGACAGUGUGGAUGACAUGACCAGGUGGGUCAGUCGACUGAGCAUCGCCACCACAUUACACACAGAGCUGGAACGCAUGCGGCAAGAUCAUGACUACUGGUUUGAGAGUGAUCAAUGAGGAGGGAGGGCUGAUGUCAGCCAGGCCCCAAAACAGGACAGCCCUCCCCACCCCCUUCCCACGACAUACCCUCACCCCGCCUCAGUGAGUCCGUACCUGGAGCCGAAGCGGGGCCGCCACCCCUCUGCAGACACACACACACACACGUCGCAGUCGCGCUCAUCCCACGAGGACUUCCGUCCCGACUCGGCCCAGAGUGGGGGGAGCCUGGGGGGUCCGGGGGGGGGCUCGCCGGGCCGCAAGUCCAGCCAGCGCCGCUCGUGGCAGGACCUGAUCGAGACGCCGCUGACCAGCUCCGGCCUGCACUUCCUGCAGACGCUGCCGCUGGACGACGGCGUGUUCUGCGAGCCGCCCGGCGGCGGCGUGCCCUUCGAGCUGCGGCGCCAGGCCACUCUGCCCGCCCAGCGAGGGUACCUGCCCGAGCGCUACAUGGCCCCCCUGGGGCGCCCGCACCACGCCAGCGUCACCGUCACGCCCACGGACCCCUCGGCCGUCGGGGGGAAACCCCGCAGCUUCACACUGCCCCGGGACAGCGGUCUGCACGCCAUUCUGACCGCCAACGCUGGAGCGGGCGCCGGACACCGUGACGCACCCCGCUACCACCUGCCGCCAGCCACCAGCAGAGACGCAGGGCUGGAGAGGGAGCGCCAUCAGCAGGCGGACUCGGUGGGGGACCUGUACCGGGCGUUGGAGCGGGCGAGCUUGGCUCCGCUGGGGGAGCUGCGGUCGACCGGACGGCUCGAGUACAAGCGCUCGUUUGUACGCCGCUGCAAUGACCCGCUACUCAACGACAAACUCCACCGCAUGAGGAUCAUGCACAGCUCACUGAAGGACGUGACCCUACAGGACUCAGACCGGCCAUCUGGAUAUUUAGGUUAGCGUUAGCGCAGCCUAGCGUUAACGUGGCCUUGACAACAGCGCAGGAGAUGGAGCAGAACUACGUCACGCCAAACCACGUCACGCCAAACCAUGUCACGUCACGUCACACCAGAGCAAACUGCGGCAAAUUCACGCCAUCGUUCCUGCCUCUCCUCCACCCUCCUCUACCCUCCUCCACCCUCACCGUCUCCCUUCCUAGAGCAGAGCUCCAUCUCUCUCUCACACACACACACACACACACACACACGAGAGUGGGAGAGAGUCUCUCUCUGAAGCCUGGGCUACACGCAGAGCUGAGAGUUGGAUCAGAACCGGCUCAGAACCCACACUGUGGCAGCCUCCGUCCGAGAUCUGACUGCGGCCCCGUCCGGUCUGGUUCCAUCUGCUCGUUUCAGAACCGUAGCCCAGCCGGUUUC